CCACGCAGAUAUAUCAUUCCAAACACUAUAUAGAAAAUGCAAGCUUUACGACGUGCUGCAUUGGUUCGAUCUGGGCAAUUCAAAGUGUCACCUUUGAGAACAGUGACGACGACUCGCUUUGUCAAAUAUAAAAAGGAAACAACGCCUUCUUCAACAACGGGCGAUGCAAAGAAAGUGAUUUCCAAGCCAAAGAUAAUAAAGGAUGAAGCGACAUCGGUAAAGGAAGAAUUACCUUUGAACAAUCUGGAAGUGGAUCCUGCCGCAGCACUUGACGCAGGCACCAGUUACUUUCCGGUGUCUGAGAGUUUCGACAACCCUAUCGAAGGUUCCGAAGGUCAUAAUUGGUCAGUGUCUUUCCAUGGCCUGUCGACGCAGCCUUUUUCGAAGGAUAUUGCCGACGUUUUGAUGCAACCUGUCAAUCCUGAAGAUAUCGAAAUCAAACCUGAUGGCCUCAUUUAUCUGCCCGAAAUCAAGUAUCGACGUAUUCUCAAUAGAGCGUUUGGCCCUGGAGGAUGGGGACUUGCUCCUCGUAGCGAGCAUUCUAUUUCGCCAAAGAACAUCUCCCGAGAAUAUGCAUUAGUAUGCCAUGGACGAUUUAUUUCACAAGCCCGGGGUGAGCAAGAUUUUUUCGAUGUCUCCGGAUUACCAACCGCUUCAGAAGGAUGCAAAAGUAAUGCGUUAAUGCGAUGCUGCAAAGAUCUUGGUGUGGCAUCCGAAUUAUGGGACCCUGUCUUUAUUAGAAAGUUCAAAAGAAAAUACUGCGUGGAAGUCUGGGCUGAACACGUUACAACCAAGCGCAAGAAAAAGCUGUGGCGAAAAAAGGAUGAUACGCUUGAUUAUCCGUAUAAGGAAACCGGUAUGGCUUAAUGAAUCGAUCUUUUUUUUUUCACAUUGUCAUAUGCUGUGAUACAAAGAGGGAAAGGGGGGAAAAAGUGUGAACCAACAAAACUGUAUAGAAGAAAGGAUGAUGGAGAAACGAAGGCACAUGAUUCCGUUACCUGAACCCGCAUCUCCAAACUUUAAAUUCCUUAUAUAAACGCUAUCGACUGUAAAGAUCAUUCAUAAAUCAUUC